AUGGAGAAGGCAUGGCGUGGGCUGCAAUGGGCGUCUGGGUGGGCAGGCAUAGCGCACAUGCCUCUCGACCUCUGCCUGCGCUGCUCCCUCGCCGUUGUUGUUGCCAGCUACAGCUGGAUGGCCCACCCUGCCACCUCAGCAGAUCCUGCCAGCUCAGCAGGAGAUGCGUGUGCGCAGAGCACGGUGCUGCUGGUGCUGGCGUGCUGCCACCUGCUCUACCUCGCCCUUGCCCGUCCCUUCAUCAGUAUGACUCUCCUCCUCUCCGCCCUCCUCGCGUCUGCCUCCCACGUCUCUUUCUUCGCCGUCGCCCUUGCCAUUGCCACGGGCGCCAUUCCCCCCUCUGCUGCUGCAGCGGCAGGGGCAGGGAUGCAGGCCCUGCUGCUUGUAUCUUUCCUGGGCCACCUGAUAUGCUUUCUCCGUGCCCUGGUGAAGGACACAGCAGGGGUGGGGGUUAAGUACUAUGAAGGCGCAUUUGGGAGGAGCAAGGGGCUGGGAGGGGCGAGGAGGGGGAGGAGUGGCAGGGGCGGAGAGGAGGUGGAAGAGCAGGGGUGUGCGGGGUCAGUGAGUGAGGUGGCUGGCACGGACCGGUCGGUGACGCUGACAGGGGGCUUUCUGGGCGGCCUCUCUCUGCUCGCCUACGGCCUCGUGCUCCUCUUCCUCGGCCCCUUUGGCUUCGGCUCCCCCCGAUCUGAUUCGGAUUCUGACAAGGAUUCGGGCGGCGAUUCUGCGAGCCAAUCAGGGUGGAGGAGAGGGUGGGGGGUGGGGAGGAACAGGGGAGGAGGAGGGGGGGAAGGGGGCGGAUGGGGAGGGGGAAUAGGGGCAAGGUUUCACAUGGAGAGGCGGGGUGAGCUAGGGGGGUCGCCAGAAGCGGCUUUUCCCGUGAAGGGGAGCUCAAAGGGGAGUAGCCGCGGCAGGUCGGGCAGCCAAAGUAGCAGCGGUGACCACAGUAGCGGUGGCGGAGGCGGCAGUGGCAGGAGAGCUUCUAGUGGCCCAGCUUAUAACGAGUAUGGUUCUCCGAACCGGAUGACGGGUUCCGAGACUAGACCGAACCAGUCUGGGGCCUCUCGGUUGGAUUCAGCAGGGCAAGCAGGUACGGGGGAUGGAACCUCUAGGGGGAGGAGGAGGGGGGAGUCGGGGGGGAGGGAGGAAGAUGGGGAGGUGGGGGGGUAUGGCACGGACGAGAGGGAGGAGUGGCGGAACUCCCCCCGUGCGCUCAUGCAGCUGCUGCCCAUGCUGGCGCCCUCGUGGGCUACAGAAGGGGCGGGGGGGGAAGGGAGAGGGGGAGGGGGAGGGAACGGGGGAAAGGGGGGACGAGGAGGAGGGGAUGGGGCAUCCCGGGAAGGUGCUAGUGUCGCUGCUGCGGCUGCUGUUCCUGCUGGUGCUGGCACGGCAGGUGGGGGCGGUGCCGGGGUGUUGGGUGCGGUGCUUGGAGCAGGUGCUGCAGCAGCUGCGCUGGGUGUUGGCGUUGUCACUGCAGCUGCUGCUGCAGUCACUGGCACAGGGGGUCAGACACAGAACCAUGAUAAGGCCCAUACAGGGCAAGCAAAGCCGAGGGGGGGGUUGCACCUGCUCAGCCCGAGCAGGUGGGGGCGGAAGGGGCGGCAGGAGAAAGAGAACUGGGGGAGGGAAGGAGCGACAGCGGCUGCGGCUGCGGUUCCUGCCUCUCCCUCUGCUGCUCCUGAAGGCCCUGCUGGCAGCGGUUCUCCAAGCCCGCUCUCUCCGCGGCGCCUCUCCCCGCUGCCUGUGCUGUGUGGCAACCACAGCGGCGCCCUGGCUGCAGCAGCAGGGGCGAGCGUGGGCGUGGCGUCCGCGUCUGCUGGGCCAUCCACGUCUCUGCACUCCGACUCCUGGUCCUCCCUCUCCUCCCUCUCCUCCAGUGAGCGUUCUGCUGGCGCCGCUGCUGCUGCUGCUGCACUGAUGGAGGGAGUGGGGGGAAGGAGAGGCGGGGGAGGGCGAGGGGAUCGGGGAGGGCGCGGGGAGGAUCCGUUUGGGGGGCUGCGGGCGAGGGUGGAGUAUUUGAGAAGCAGGCGGAUGCAGGAGGUGGGUGGGGGGCCUGGGAGAGAAGAGAGGGGUGCGAGAGGGGAGAGGGAGAGGAGAGAGGGGUUGGGGGGAGGAGGUGUGAGAGAAGGGAGGCGAGAAGGCAACAGGAGCAGAAGUGGGAGGGAGGAGAGGAGGAAGGGUAGAGAGAGGGGAAAAACGGGAGCAGGGGAAGGGGAGCUUGGUGGAGUGAGGGAGGGAGAGGAGGGGGAGGAGGGGCAGGAGAGAGGGGUAGAAGUGGUUGUAGACUCGGAAACGAACAUGAGCUGGGCUUCUAGUGUGGGCUCUGGGGGUGGGCCGGAGUGGAUCAAAGAGAUGAAGGGGCGCGGAGGGGGGAAGUGGAGGAAAGGGAGGGGGGUGAACGGAAGCAGAGGAGGAGGGGGGGAGGGCGAGGAGGGGACGAUGGGGUCAGCUGCAUGGUCGGGGAUAGGCGGGGUGCGGGUGGACAGUAUGGGGUUCCGUGUUGACAGUGUCAAGUCCGUUCAGAAGCCUCAGGGCGACCAAACACAUGGCGCUGCUCCACAUGUUAAGGCGGCUGCAGCUGGUGCUCAAGUUGGUGUUGCAGCAGCAGCAGCAAGAGCGGGAGCAGGAGGAGAGGGCGAUGAUCUAGGGCGGUCUGUUGUGGCCAGCUGUAGCGUGGGCCCUGAUUGCAGCCCCACCAUCCUCACCCCCACCUCGCACACCCCCAUCACUCCACACGACCACCAUCACACCCUCUCUCGCAACAAAUCUCUUGAUGCCAAUUCCGGUCCCGAUGAAUAUCCGUCCCCCUCCCUCUCCCCUUCCCCUUCGCGCGCGCCUGCCCCUAGAAGGCCGCACCGCCUGCCGUCCCUCCCUGAAGCGCCUCAGAGCGCCUCUCCCGACCCCCGCCGGCCCUACACCCCACAGCCCAGAGCGGUGAAGAACGGUUAUGCAUGGUCCAGCAGGCAUGCGGCGUAUGGCACAGACACUGAAGCUUCCAGGGAAGCUUCCGAGGUGACUCCAGGAGCGUUCCCCCCUUGUGCUGAUGCUGCCGUUGCUGCUGCUGCGGAUGUGGCAGAUAGAUCUGGAGCAGGUGUAUCUGGGGCAGGUGUAUCUGGGGCAGGUGCGGUGGUUCAGGCCGUUGGUAUGCCCAAGGCUGCUUUUGCGGUCACCCCACAGCUGAACUCUCAACGUAGACCCAACCGUGCUCGACCCUCCGCCUCCUCCUCUCGCUCCAUCUCUGCUUCUUCUCAGGCGUCCAGUGCUACAGCUGCCGUGCCGUCCUCCCCCUCGGCCCUCACAGUGGACGCGGCUGUGGAAGCCAUGGCUGCUGCAGCAGGGGGCGACCCCGCGCUACAGCCUGGGAUCUGGGGCAUGGUGGCUGGUGCUGCUGGGUCAAUCAUGGGAAGCUUCUGGGGUGCUUCCCCCGGGGAUGGGAGAGGGGUGGAAGGAGGGGAGGGAAGGAACGGAAGUGAGGAGGGGAGUGGGAAGGGAGGAGGGAGUAAUAUGGAUAUGGAGGGUUCUUUAUCACAACUUGACGGGUCCCUAUCGCAAAUGGAUGGCUCUCUCUCACAGCUCAAUGGCUCCAUGUCUCAGACCCUCACACCACUCUCCUCCGUGUCUACCCCGCCCUCCCUCUCCUCGCCCUCCACCUCUCCUUCCGCUCUCUCUAACACCACCCUCUCUAAUGACAAGCAGCCGUCCACACUCUCUCGCAGCAUCACCCCUCUCGCCUCCCUCACUCCCGCCUCCUCGCUCUCGCCUCUCUCCUCCGCCGCCCCACUCUCCUCCCUCUCCUCGCCCCAAUCAAGCUGCGACACGUCAGCAUCCAGUGCGCGGGAAGAAGGGAAGGGGUAUGAGCACGGGUCACUGGUGGAUGCUGCUGGGCGGAAGGAGGGGCGAGAGGCAGUAGAACUGGCGCCACCACCAAACCGAAGCGGCUCGUUCGGGAGAGGGGGAGGAGCGGCGCCGCAGGCAAGGGCUCCAGUGGUGGUGCGGCAUGCAGUGAUGCAUGCUGGCGGGACGUUCGUUGGACUGGGCGCGGGUGAGGGAGGCACUAGAGGAGGAGAAUGGGAAGCAGGGAGACGGAUGGAGAGAGGAGGAGAGAGGGGGAUGGAGAAGGGAGGAGAGUGGGGGAUGGAGAGGGGAAGAGAGAAGGGGGUGGAGAGGGGACGACCAGCAGCAGGAGGGGAGGAGAGAAGCGGGUUGGCGGCAACCAAGGGAGCACCCUACUCAAGCCACCCAAAUCAGGACUUGAGCCACUUGAAUCAGGAGUCGAACCACUUAAAUCAGGACAUCAGCCGUCCGGAUCAGGCUAUGCGGGCUAUGGCAGAUGAAGACCGCAUGGACAUUGAGACAAUUUCAGAAACAACCCCGAUAUCCGAGUCCACACUGUCAGUUACCCCGUCCCCAUCUCAGUCCAACUCCUACUCUCACGGCCCGUCCAGGUCGGGCCUGCGCCUGAGAUCCUGGACCAAGUCCAGGUCUUGCUCCCAGGCGCACUCAGGUGCUUUCUCAGGUGCCCACUCAGAUGCCCGCGCUGCUUCGGGCUCCAGCAGGCAGUUGAACGGGCAGGUUAACGGGCAGGCAGGUUCCUUUUCAGGGUCGCAGGGUGGUUCUUGUGGCGAUGAUGUGGUGGGUAGAAAUUCAAUCGGCAAGGGGACAUCGCACAGGGGGGGUUCGUCUGCUGCUGCUUCUGCUGCUGCUGCGGCAGGUGUUUCUAGUGAUAGAGAGUCAUCUCCUGCUGCCAACUCAAAUGCUGCUGCAAACUCGAAUGCUGCUGCUCCUUCACACCCACCCCAUCGGUACAGCUUGGCAGACUCGCUCUCAGACUCAUUCUCCUCGUCCUUCACCACCUCGAUAGAGCCCACCCCCAUACAGUCACUCUCCCCUCUCUCCACCUCGCUGCUCUCCCCGUCCGCCCUCUCUGCCUCGCUGUCUGCAUCGGAGGGAGGGGGCUUGAGCGCUGUGAGAAACGAGAUCGAAAGGCGGAUAAUGGAGACCAGCCGAGCACUGCAGACAGAGGGGAAGGUGGAGGGGAAGGGGGAGCACGGUGAAUGGGGGGAGAGAGGAGGUGGGGGGGUGAGGCAUUGGGGGAGAGAGGGAAAAAAGGUGGAGGAAGAGGAGAAGAAAAUGGAGGGGGUUGAGGAGCGGGAGGAGGAGAGGAGGGAGGAGGAGAGGGACGAGAGUCCUCUGAGGAGAAUGCCCGUGUGGGGCGAUGAGGCAGACGACAACACUGCCACCUCGCCCCCGCCCAUUGGGGGUGGGAUGAUGGGUAAGGCGGGCAGGGGUGUGCCUGACAGGUAUGGGGCAGGGAGAGAGAGUGGGCAUGCCGCAAGUGCUGCUGCUGCUGCUGCUGCUGCUGCCAUUGCUGCUGCAGCUGGUUUUGCUAAUGCGCCUGUUGCUGCUGCUGCUGCUGCUGCUGCUGCUGUUGGGUCUGCUGCUGCGGCUAAAGAGGACAUGGCGGCAGCAGCGAGAGUGUCUGCCUUGGUUGGCCGAUCACCUGCUUCUGAUGUGCUUGGGAAAGGGCUAGGUGUGACGCAUGGCAGGGCAGGAGCAAGGCAUGGUGAAGCGGACACACCACCUGUUGCAUGGACGGUUGCAGCAGUGCCUAAAGUAGCGGAGGAGAAGGAGGCAGAUGAGGAGGCAGCAGGGGGCGAACAUCAGACUGCUCUGCAGCGUGCCAACAUACAAGAAGCGAUCCGCCCACGCAGGGAGCAUCUCAACGGAGGCUCGGCACGACGGAGCUCUGGUGACUCUGGUUCGGGAAGCCGUGGUUCGGGGAGCUCUUGGUCUGGUGAAGCCAGGAAGGAGGGAACGUGGCAGAAGGAGGGUGGCCUUGGUGGGGUGGCGUCAGGAGUUACCUUUGGUGCCACGUGUCAGAAUCCUAGUGGCUCGUGGACGAGCUAUGACAUCCAAGUGUCUGCCUCUCUCUCGGACUCCAAGAGGCAAACAUCCAUCCCUUCUCCCUCCAACCUUUCUUCCUCCUCCUCUCCUUCCUCCCCCUCUUCCCCCCUCCAUUCCCCCUCCCCCUCCCCUUCGCCGUUCCUCCCAUCUGGUAGUUCCCUGCCUUCCAUUGAAGUCUCCAACUCCCCGAUACUGUCACUCUCAGGCUCGAAGGAACAGACAUCCAUCCCUUCUCCCUCCGACCCCUCCUCCCCCUCCUCCCCUUCCUCACCCCUCCUUUGCCCCUCUCCAUCCGCCUCUCCGUUCCUCCCCUCUGGUAGCUCGCUGCCUUCCAUUGAAGUCAGUAACUCCCCGUUACUGUCACUCUCGCCCUCCAUCAGCAGGCCUGGGCAGCCAUCACCCUCGCUACAGUCACCCUCUGUGGGUACGGCAGGCGUGUGGGGCAAGGGAGGCAUGCAGGGGUGGGGCGGUGAGGAGAGGGAGAGGGAGAGGGGCGAGGGGGAGAGAGGUGAUGAGGAGAGGGGAAAGAGUGGUGGAGGGAGGGAGAGCAGCGGAGUGGGGAGGUGGAACGAGGAGAGGGGGUUUCUGAGCAGGCGAGCUCCUAGUGGCAGCAGCCAGGAGGUUGACGAGGAUGGGGAGGAGGAGGACGAGGAGGAAGAGGAGGAGGAGGAGCAGGAGGAGGAGGAUAGAGAUGAGGAUUGGGACGGGGAUUGGAAUGGGGAUGCGGGUGGGGAUGGGGAUGGAGGUAUGGAUGAUUACGGGGAUGAAUUUCAAGAUGAUGAGUCACAGGAAAUGGAAACAGGCGGUGUGGGGAGAGUGCUGUCAGCAGCACGCAGGGCGGAGGGGAGGGGGAGGGGGAGGAUCAUCAUGAUGGCGCGCGGCAGGGGGAGGAGGGUGCGGAGGGGCGGGCGGGGCGGGCAGCAGGAGGUGGUGCCGGAGGUGGGUCGGAUGAUCCGGCCUCAGGCGCCCCUGCGGCUGAGCUAUGGCGUGAGCCCCGAGGCUCUGCGCACGGUGAAGCUGCGGCGCGUGCGCGAUUCGGAGGAGCGGUGGGAGGCAGAGAGAAGGGAGGAGGAGAGGAGGGAGGAGGAGAGGAAGGAGGAGGAGAGGAGGGAGGAGGAGAGGAAGAAAGAGCCUUUACGCCCGGUCAAGCAAGAAGGUGGGAGGGGGCAUGGGGGAGAGAGGCUAACGAAUGGAGACAGCACUCGGGAGGGGGUGCAGAGUAGUCUGCGUGAGUCCACUGCCAGUAAUGCAUCAGUGUAUAACGUGUACAGAGGGGUGGGAGCGGAUCCUGGUGCUUCCGUGUCCACUGCCGGGCGAGCAGCUGAGUCGGACAGCCAAGGCGGCACCGUUGGGGGUGCAAGUGGGGGAGGUGGGCUGCCGGUUUAA